CAGGGAGCUGGGAGCUGAGAGACUGAGGAUCAGAGUGACAGGGACACUGACUGGCCACUAUAGGGCCGUAAGUCGAUGGGCCCUGCUGACUGACUGACAGAUGAGGCUCCAUAAGGGCCCUAACAGGAUGAGGCUAGGCCACCACUACGUGGCCAGGGAGGGAUUACGCUGAGCGAGCAGAAGGUAAACAGAUUAUUUCCGAAAUGGAGCUUGCUUUUUGAAUCUCGUCACCAUUGUCACACUUAUACCGACAGUGGAGUAACUUGGAGUUCCUUUCCAAGCCCCCUCACCUUGGCACUUUUUUCAGUCCUUCGUCCAGGUCUGCAGGGAUCAUUGACUGACUCAACGAUCAAACCAGGAUUCUAACUCCAGGAUUCUAACUCCAUCUGCUAAAACCUAACUGGAGCCAAGACAAUAGUGAACAACCCCUCUUUUGGCUCUAGAGCCUAGAGACUUUGUCAACAGUGACAAUACAUUUUUCGUCAUGGACUCGAGAUAAAGGUUUUCAGAGACUUUCCUUUUGUUUCCAAAUGAAAACUUUUUGGCUCUGAAAGGACGUAAACUAUUCCAUCAUGCAUUUGAGAACGGGACUGUUCCUCACCCUAUUUCUCUUUACCCUUGCAGCCCCUCGAAUCAAAGACCUACAGGUCCAAGACUCGUUUGGAAUCCGAGAUGUCAAAUACAAACACUUCCUAGAGAGUCUAAGACCAGUCAAACACACCACCAAUGUCAAAAUGAUAAAGGACCUGGACAGGCACCGGACAAAGAGGUCGACGUUCUUCACCACAGGGGUGAAAAUAUGUCCUCAAGAGAAGAUGAAGGAGGUCAUCUCCAACCAUCGGGCCUACUACAAACUUAGAGUUUGUCAGGAAGCGAUAUGGGAGGCCUUCCGUAUCUUCUUGGACAGGGUUCCUACCUCCGAGGAGUACAAACACUGGACCUACGCCUGCCAGCAUGGCUCUCUCUGUCUGGAUGAGGUGGCCAGGAACUUCAGUAGUACCCAGGAACACAUUGACAUGGUGGCCAGAAGAGUUGCUGAACAGGAGAAGAUCCAGAAAGAAAGCGGUGAAGUACCAACAGCUGGAGGAACUGAGAUUGAGAAAUGCUCGAAAACUCCAUCAGAACUGUUUAUCAUUCCGAAUGAAGCAGGGGACAUAACAGAGAUUCCAAACAUUGUACCAGAUGAGGCGGUUAUUGAGGAGCAGAUAGUGGAGUUCAGUGUCACCAUAGCUGACCCUGGCUACAGUGAACUUCUUCUGAGAGACCCUGCAGCUCCCCAGUACCAUGACAUCACACGGAAUCUCCACGAUACGAUGGUUCACGUUUUUGACAAACUUCCUGGGUAUAAAGAUCUUCGUGUUUUGGGAUUUCGGUUGGUUGAAUUUAGAUCUGAUGAUGUGUCAGUCCGCUAUGCUGUGGUGUUUGAGACGAAUGGAGAAGACCAUGACACAGAAUCUAAAACCACUCUAGAACCAGGCACAGGGACAGUUAUUUACACAAACGGGCACAGACUGAAGGAUCUGGUCUCCAAGGCCUUGAGCGAAGAGACAUCCCUGCCUGUGGACAUACAAACACUCAGUUUUGAACCUGAUCCCACUGUUUCUCUACGCAAUGAGUUGGAAGCGACUACCUUGGAGACCUUGCUAGAGGAGGUUGUUGGGCACACUGAAGGUUUCUUACCAACUGUUGCUGUCGGAGAGGAAUUUCUUAAAGAUUUUACAGACACACCCGAGGAACUCACUGUUGUGCCUUUAGGUGACUCAGUUACUGUUCUCCUCACUGAGGCUACCACUGCCUCCCCUGCCAUUGAAGUAACUCCCAAUUCUCCCCAAGAGGAACUUAGUGAGAGUCCUCCCUCAGAAGAAGUAGAGUUGCCUCCAGUGGCGGCUACAGAUGAGAUGCUUGAGGCAGAGGCUACAGAUGAGAUGCUUGAGGUAGAGGCUACAGAGGAGGUGCUUGAGAUAGAGGAGCCUGCAGUGGAUGUUACAGAGGAGACGACUGAGGUAGAGGAGCCUGCAGUGGAUGUUACAGAGGAGACAACUGAGGUAGAGGCUACAGAGAGGACGCUUGACGUAGAGGAGCCUGCAGUGGAUGUUACAGAGGAGACGAUUGAGGUAGAGGAGCCUGCAGUGGAUGUUACAGGGGAGACGACUGAGGUAGAGGAGCCUGCAGUGGAUGUUACAGAGGAGACGAUUGAGGUAGAGGAGCCUGCAGUGGAUGUUACAGAGGAGACGACUGAGGUAGAGGAGCCUGCAAUGGAUGUUACAGAGGAGACGACUGAGGUAGAGGCUACAGAGAGGACGCUUGACGUAGAGGAGCUUGCAGUGGAUGUUACAGAGGAGACGAUUGAGGUAGAGGAGCCUGCAGUGGAUGUUACAGGGGAGACGACUGAGGUAGAGGAGCCUGCAGUGGAUGUUACAGAGGAGACGACUGAGGUAGAGGAGCCUGCAGUGGAUGUUACAGAGGAGACAAUUGAGGUAGAGGCUACAGAGAGGAUGCUUGACAUAGAGGAGACUACAGUGGAUGUUACAGAGGAGACGACUGAGGUAGAGGCUACAGAGAGGACGCUUGAUGUAGAGGAGACUGCAGUGGAUGUUACAGAGGAGACGUUUAAAGUAGAGGAGCCUCCAGUGGAUGUUACAGAGGAGACAAUUGAGGUAGAGGAGCCUGCUGUGGAUGUUACAGAGGAGACGAUUGCAGUAGAGGAGCCGCUGGAUAUUACAGAGGAGACGAUUGAGGUAAAGGCUACAGAGGGGACUCUUGACGUAGAGGAGCCUGCAGUGGAUGUUACAGAAGAGACGUCUGAGGUGGAGGCUACAGAAAGGACGCUUGAUGUAGAGGAGCCUGCAGUGGAUUCUACAGAGAAGACGAUUGAGGUAGAGCAGCCUCUAGUGGAUGCUACAGAGCAGACGAUUGAUAUAGAGAAGACUGUGGAUGCGACAGAGGACUACCUUUGGGUUUGGCCACCAGUUACAAGAAUGGCUGUUACAGAACAGCCUACCACCAAAAUGAUUACUCUCUUCCCCCCUGAGGAAGAUGCUGAGGAGACCCUCCCAACUGUUGAAUCUAAGGAAGAUGAAGGACCCACAACUACUGAGGCGGCUUUAGAGAAGCAACCAGACGGAGACAAUCAAAUGAUCACCACUACAGCAUCUCUACACGUAGAACCUGCAUCCAUCGAAACAUUCACCACUGCUACACAAUCACCAAACAUGCCUUUAUCUGAGGAUGAUGUCAUCCAAGCAGAGCCUGAGGAAGUCCCCUCAGCAAAUAUUCCCCCUGGACCUUCAGAAGGAUGGGACACUCUCCAAGAAGAGGAACCAAUUGAGAGAGACGUGGAUAUCUCUAAUGACUCGGACAUGCAGGAGGAUGUAGAAAAAGUAGAGGACGGUACAGAAGCCGCCAAUACGCUGGACGAGUUUGGCAGUGGAUUAGAAGGCCCAUUUGAGUCCACCGCACCCCCAGCACUCACACACAUGAACACUCCUUUAAUGGCCAGUACAGGAAAAGCCAAAGAAAUGGUGGUGUUUUUUAGUUUGCGAGUCACUAACAUGAUGUUUUCAGAGGACCUGUUCAACAAAAGCUCUCCUGAGUACAGGUCAUUGGAGAAUACCUUUCUUCAGCUGAACCAGUUCUCUGAGCCCAGAGACUCGCCAAAUCCUGGAGCCAGUAAAUCUGGGACUGGGAGACAGAGGACGUUAGCUUCCAUACCGCUUCUCCCAUAUCUGCAAUCUAAUUUGACAGGAUUUAAGCAAUUGGAAAUCCUCAACUUCAGGAAUGGUAGUGUUGUGGUGAACAGCAAGAUGAAAGUAGAAAAAGAUGUGCCACAUAACUUGACACAGGCCGUUCACUGUGUGCUAGAAGACUUCUGCAACACUGCAUCCAAACGACUAGACAUUGAGAUUGACAGUCGCUACCUGGACAUAGAACCUGCUGACCAAGCAGAUCCCUGCAAGUUCUUGGCCUGCAAUGAGUUCUCCCAAUGUGUGGUAAACAGUUGGACCCAGGAGGCCGAGUGUUUGUGUGACCCUGGCUACAGCACUACGGACGGUCUGCCCUGCCAGAGCAUUUGUAACUUGGAGGAAGAAUACUGCUUCAACGGGGGCCUUUGUGACAUCAUCCAGGGUCAUGGAGCCACCUGCAGAUGUCCUGUAGGGAAAUACUGGCACUAUCACGGAGUGCGCUGCAAUGAGCUGGUGUCACUGCCUGUAGAUCCAGCCAUUUUCAUAGCCUGCCUGGUGGGAAGCCUCACCUUGGUUUGUGCCAUCAUAGGCAUCUUGGUAUUCAUAAACAAGAAAUGUUUCGGAAACCGAAAGACUGUGACUUUGGUGCAUACAAUUGCUCCCUAUGCCUUUGAGAACACAUUGAGAGUGAACCCUGUUUUUGAAAAUGACGAUGGCAUCUUGACUCAAGUAUCCAGCAUAAGUACACCAGCACCCUCAAGUAGUGGUGCUGGUUCUUCUCAAACAUCAGAGCAAGAAGCUUUUCGCGCUAUUGAAAAUAUACAUCUAAGUAUUGAGAUCCCCAGACAGCUCUACACAACCAGACCCGACAAGCUAGUCUCUGAAAUGGUAGAUUUCCAUCACUGUAUACCACACAACGAGACGUGGCGACCACCAAAUGAGUACCGAACCUGUUGCCUGUCAAGGGCAUCAGAAAACGAAUGCUUUGAGUGGACUCAUCAAUUACUGGAAUUACUGCAUACAUUACAUGGAGAAGUGUACCUAGGAUUGGAUGUUACUGGAAUUACUGCAUACAUGGAGAAGUGUUCCAUGGAAUUGGAUGUUACUGGAAUUACUGCAUACAUGGAGAAGUGUACCUAGGAUUGGAUGCAUAUUGCAGACGGCGUGUGGAUAUUACAUGCUGGACUAGAAGGUUGUGUUAAGGUGUACCCAUCUAUUUAUACACAGAGUACUUUCCUAACAUUGAGUUGCACCCACCCCUUUUUGCCAUCAGAACAGCCUCAAUUCGUCGGGGCAUGGACUCUUCAAGGUGUCGAAGGCAAUCCAUAGGGAUGCUGGCCCAUGUUGACUCCAAUGCUUCCCACAGUUGUCUCAAGUUGACUGAAUGUCCUUUAGGUUGUGGACCAUUCUUGAUACACACAGGAAACUAAUGAGCUUGAAAAACCCAGCAGCAUUGAAGUUCUUGACACAAACUGGCUCGCCUGAAACCUACUACCAUACCCUGUUCAAAGGCACUUAAAUAU